AUGAAAGUAAUAACUCUACUUAUCGAAUUGCUAGUUAUUGUACUAAGCAAAAUAGAUACAUCGAUUGAUUGUAACAAAUACUACUCAAAAUUUGAUACCAAAGAGUUACCUUUUGAUUUUAAGGGAGAUGCUAUUCUUAAUUAAGGUUCAAAUGAUGUUUAGAUUAAUUUGGGAUACACUGAUAAUUUAUUUGAAGAUCCAUUAUAUUUUGGUUUAAUUACAGCUGAUGGAAAACCAAGAAAUACAACAUGCCUUGAACUUAUAAUUAUCUAAUUUGGCAAUUAAUAUCAUAAUUCUAUUGGAAAAAUAACAAAAUUUGAUGGAAGAUCAUCAAGCAAUCCUGAAAAUAAAUAAAGGAAUUAUACAUUAUUAAUACCAAAAUCCCAAUUAAGUGAAAGAUAAUUUUAAUAUAAUAGUAUAAUCUAUUAGGGAUUUUUUUCAUUCAUUUUUGAAUCAGUUGAAGAAGCAUAAGCAAAAUAUGAAUAUAUUUUUGAUUUUAAUAUCACUCUAAAUAAAACAUCAGAUAGGUCAAAUCAACCAGAAGAAUAAAACAAUACUGAACUUUAAGGUAAUUUAAUUUGGUGCACAAAUUGGAAUUGUUUAAUUUCUUUAGAUUAAUCUCCAACAAUUUAUUAUAAAGAUAUAUUCACUCUAAAAUAAUUUAUUACACCAACAGGAAUGAGUUAAAUAGCUUUAACUAAUACUGAAGUUUGGGCAACUGGAAAUGGGUUGAAUAAAAAAUUAACUCCUAUUGUUGUGAAUAGUAUAGUUCCAGGAUAAGUUAAAAUAUUAUUAAGUGCUGAGAUUGCUUGGGAAAAUAUAACCCUUAUAGUUACAUCAUACUUAGAAGCGACACAUCCAACUAAAUCUAUAACAAAUAGCUUAUAAACAAGUUUUAUACCAUUAGAUCUACAUUUAGCUAAGAAUGAUACUGUUUUAUUAUGGUGUUCUACACCAAAUUGUUCAUCUUUUCUUUCAACUAUCCCAACUCUAUAUUUAAAUGAUACAUUAACUUUAAAAUUAAUUGUUUUAAAAUCAAAUAUGUAAAAAUACUACUUCAAUGAAACUGAAAUAUGGUACACUGGGGAAGUAUUGAAUAAGAAAAUAAUCCCUAUUAAUUUAAAUUAAGAAGUUAGGGGAGAAAUAAAAAUUUAAUUAAGAUUAGAAUAUGAUCUUGGAAUGUUCAGAAUCAAAGUUGAUUCUAAGUUAUGUAUUCCGAAUUUUUAAAAUAUUGAGAUAUCCAUCGAAAUAGAUGCAAUUAUUCAUAGGGAAAAUUGUUAAUAGAAUACAUCUCUAUUUUCAAAUAAAUCAUUGAACUUCUUUUUAUUAAUUAUAUUUUUUACAUUUAUAAUUUGA